GCUGUCCUCCCGAGACUUGCCUGGUGCUUGGUGCCUGGCGUCCAGGGUCAUUUCCUUUCAUAGCGACCACUGCCAUCCUUGCAUUUGCAUUUUCACUGCUGUGGGGGGUAACACUCGAGUGUGCUAGUGUGUGUGUGUGUUUGCUUGCUUCGGGCCUUAUUAUGCAGGGACUUGGGAAGACAGAGAGAGGGGAGCAGGGCCGAGACAUCGACCUGACGUCGCUGAGAUCCACCAUGCCAGCCAGCGGCCCUCUGCAGGGAGGUUCACCCUCUAAUCUGAACAUGAACCUGUAUGCCACGAAGAAGACAGCAGCUGAGGGCAUGUUGGACAUCGCUCUGUUCCUGGCUAACAUCACACACAUGAAGACUGUCAUCGAACAGGGUGCUGGAUACAGGUACUACGCUGCUGUCCUGACACUCAUCUCCUUCUCCCUGGCUCUGCAGAUAGUGGCUGGAGUCCUGAUCAUCAUCAUUGCCCGCAGGGACCUGAACGUGGUAUCCAAUCAGAAACGACUCGACUACCUGAACAACCUUGCUACAGGCGUCAUCUUCGCCACGACGGUGGUUAACUUCUUCGUCAGCUUCUUCGGAUCUAAGAGGACUGGCUUCUUUCGGUGGAUUCUGGCACGACUCCACUUCUGACACACGCAUACACACACAACCGCAUAUGCACUCAGAUCUCAAACACAUUCAAACAAUGCAGCAUACAGUACAUGCAUACACAUUUUCAAGUAUUUCAUCUGCACAAACACUUAAACAUGUUGAUUCAAUAUUAAAAUACAUGAUUCUGCAUAUGUUCAAACAUCACUUCUUAUUUUAUUCAUUCUUAUUCUUAUUAUUGUUCAGUCUUUUAAAAUGUAUUCACACUGUAAUCCAACUAAAAUAUUUCCCCUUUAACCAACUGAAUAUCUAUGUAAAUAUGCAUCAUUUUAUUUGCUGCAAUAAUGCGCUUGUGCAAAACCUUUUCAUGUAUUUCAUUAUGUGUAUUUCAAACUGUUUUACACUUGCCCUUUGUUUGGUUAUUGGUUUAAAACAAUGUUUUAUAUAUUGUAUUUAAAAAACUUGUUUGUCAUAGAAAAUUGGUUCAAUACCAGAAAAGACACAAGUGUAAUAUAAAUAAGAGACAUCCCUCUAAUAUGUACGUCCAAAUUCUCCUGCAGAAAGCUGAAUAAAUGUAGUGAUUUAACUGAAGCCUA